AUCACACUCAAUAUUCACAACUAGAAGGAAAAGCAAGACUCUCCUGACGCUCUGGACUUCAAGGAUAUCCUUAUGUUGUAUUGGAUGAGUUUGAACUAAACAAGACUUCUUUCUAAAACACUUCAAGAAAGGGUUUUGAGUUUUAUUUAUGGAACCAGAUGAGGAAUUGAGAAACUGUCUACACAGGAGAAAAGCAGUCUUCAAGAUCUGGAAGAGAAACUGCAUCAAGUCCUUUGGUCACUGACCUAAGAGUGUGAGCGUGCCUGAGGGGAGAGGAACACAAGAGAGGAGAGACAAUUGAGCAUCACCAUUGGCCGAGACCUGAAAAAAAUGGUGCUGGAUGAACACAGGAUUAGAACUUAAUUGUAAAAGGGAAGGGAAGUCUGGACAGGCGAUUUGCUUCAUUUUCACAUUCAUCAUGGCACAAAUCCUCUGGCUGGCUGGUUGAUGGGACUGUCCAACACUUCUGCUUAGGUUCAGUGCAGAUCCCUUCUGCUUACACAUCGAAAGACUUGGGAACAGGUGGGAACUGGAUGGUGCCAAAUACAGGAAUGGAAAGAGAAAUGGACUCUGAUGAGCUAAGAUGGAAGUGACUUGACAGCAGCAAGCUCAGCAGUUGUCUCCAGUAAGGACAGGUUGAGACGGGAAUCUCAAGCUUCUCUGGAAGAGCAGUAUGCAGGAAGCUGGUUUUCAGGCCACAAAUGCUUUCACAGAGUGCAAAUUCACCUGCGCCAGUGGUAAAUGCUUGUAUCUUGGUUCACUGAUUUGUAACCAACAGAAUGACUGUGGAGAUAACAGUGAUGAAGAGAACUGCCUGCUUGUAACAGAGCAUCCACCUCCAGGCAUCUUCAGCUCUGAACUGGAGUUUGUUCAAAUCAUCAUUAUAAUCGUGGUUAUAACUGUUAUGGUGGUAGUGAUCAUCUGCUUGUUGAACCAUUACAAACUCUCGACACGCUCCUUUAUCAACCGACAGAGCCAAAGCAGAAGACAGGAGGAAACUCUGCAGACGGAGGGGUGCUUGUGGCCUUCAGAAAGCUCGGUUUCGCGCCAGGGUGCUUCAGAGAUCAUGUACGCCCCGAGGUCCAGGGACAGGUUUACCACCCCAUCUUUUAUGCAGCGGGACCGUUUCAGUCGCUUCCAGCCCACUUACCCUUACAUGCAGCAUGAGAUUGACCUUCCUCCGACCAUCUCCCUCUCCGACGGCGAGGAGCCACCGCCGUACCAGGGCCCGUGCACCCUGCAGCUCCGGGACCCCGAGCAGCAGAUGGAGCUCAACCGGGAAUCCGUCAGGGCGCCGCCCAACCGAACCAUUUUUGAUAGCGACUUGAUAGACAUCUCGAUGUACAAUGGGGGCCCCUGCCCACCCAGCAGCAAUUCGGGCAUAAGUGCAACCAACUAUAGCAGUAAUGGAAGGAUGGAAGGACCGCCCCCGACGUACAGCGAGGUCAUGGGGCACUACCCAGGCUCCUCUUUUUUCCACCACCAGCACAGCAACAUGCCUCCUUCCUCGCAGAGGGGGAGCAGACUUCACUUUCAGCAGAACAAUUCAGAGAGCACAAUAGUUCCCAGCAAAGGCCAGGACCGCAAACCAGGAAACCUGGUCUAAGUCACCCGCCCAGGUGCGUUUGGACUGAAGACGGGAGAUGCAAGCAGGGCGGUGGAGGAAGACCCCCGUGCUCUGGUGCACAGUGUUGUUACGUUUAACGUGGUACAACUGAGUAAAACCAAACGUGCAAACCAGUUCUUUGUUUCUGAUUCCUUUCAGGGGAAUUGCAUGCAAAGCAGAUUGAAAGAAAUACAAACUUCCAUUCGGUUUGUCUAUGAGCAGUGUUUCAGGGGAGAGGGGGGGGGGAUAUAUUAUUUUUUUUUAAUAAACUAUUUCAAUUAUUUAAUUCUAGAAGUUAACUUAGCACAGAAAUGAGGCUUGUACAGCCUGUUUUAUACUCACUGAAUGGCAGAAGGAAGAAGGUGGUUUUGCUAGAUAAAUGGGGGAAGAAUUGGCCAGUUUGCUUUUUUUUUUCUCCCAGGGUGUGAAUUUUUUUUUUAAUAUGAAACAAAAUUCCUGUUCUGUGUGCCAAGGUAUAAAGUUGAGAACUUAGAUGAAUGCAAGGAAUUAAUUUGUGUUGUGAUAAAUGUGUUUUAAAAAGUUGCACUAUCUUACUGUUUUAAAAAAAAAAAAUAUAUAUGAGGGAACUGUUUUAUGUGAAGUUCUUCUAUAUGUUGUCGUUUCACCUGUGGAAUAAUGAUAGAGCCCUAGGAGUAAUCUGGAGGAGUUUGCCCCCUCCCCCCGGGUUUGCUAGAAGAUGGGCACAGGACUUAGCCUAACAUCUCUUGACUUUCACAGUUCAAAAAAUACAGGGACACUUGUCUUUGCAAUAAUUUGCAUUUGAAUAACAGUGUAUCAAUGAAGUGUCUUGGAGACUUUUGGAUGGAAGAAGGCAAAUAUGAAGUCCCAGCAUUUUCCAUCACUUAAGGUUUAGCUAUUUUGCAGUGUAGACUAUUUCUUUCAUAAAUGGCGAAACUACAAUUCCCAGCUGUGUUGAUUUGUCUUGAUUUUAAGUGCUGCCAUUCUUUUCCUUUCCAUAAUGCAGUAUCACCAGUACUUAACAUUCUAGAAAUUUUUGUCCUCACUGUAGCCUGAAAUGUAUUUAGUCACAUAUCAUGACAUUAUGCAAUAAAUGGUUUGAAAAUGCAGGGUGGGAUUUUUUUCCCCUGCACCGCUGUUCAAGUACGUGAGACUGUUGUGGUUUUCGCUCUCCAUUUCGUCCUUUCAGAUGCUGAAGUUCAGUCCUGGAGGUCCGUCCUGUUGAAGUGAAGGGAGCCCUUGUGGCUAAACCCACCCCCUGUGGUGUUUCUGCAGCAGUACCGAGAGUGCUCGUGGCCGUGGUGCCGGCUCCUGCCGCAUCCCUGGCAGGGACGUGGGAGCACCAGGAAUUCUCCCUGCAAACCAUUCCGCUCUGGGCCCUGCUGCGGAAACCCUUCUGGGUGCGUGAUGUCUGCGUGAUGCCAGCAGGACUGUGCUCAUGGCUAAAGGUGGCUCACGUGUUAACCAAGUGUCUGUAAGCCCUGAUUUUUGCUAUACUGGCCUGGAGAGUAGUUGGAAAGUGUUACCUGCCUGUGUCGUGGCACGUGGGGUGUUUCUGCACUGGCUGUUCCUGUGUGGAAGCACGCGCGACGCCGGAACUCAGUUGACAAAAGGUGAUAGUGACAUCACAAGCACAUGAAAAAGCACAAACUGCACUUAAAAUGCAUUUUGGAAAUGGAUUUAAAAGUAAGAAUCUUUAGCGUCUUAGCUUGAAUAGUUUCUAAUAUAUAGGCGUAUGAGUGUGUCAUAGAGCUUUUCACUUAAAGAUCUUUCACUUUUUUCUGUUUUCCUGAGCCUUGUGCUUGGUUGCAGGCAGCAGCUGCUGAGUGCCCCAAGGGCACCGAUGCCCUGGUCCCAUGGCUGGAGGCUGGAUUUCUGCAGGACUUGUGUACACGGGGGGGCUCUGAUGACUGAAGUGCAUCUUUGAUCUAUGCAGAGUUUUAAUGCCAAAACUGUGUGUGUGUGUGUGUGUCUGCGUGCGUGCCUCUUGGGCCUCAGUGUAGAUUUGUUUUCUUCAUAAGGUAAUUUGAUUUUAUUCUAGUUUUGAAAACAUCUGUGUAACUGUUAGUCUGAAUACACAGCCCCAUUUGUCUCUGUAAUUGUUAUUUUGGUCUGAGUCACGCUGGUAAUGCAGAGUAAAGCUGCCUUUUAUCAUAUGUAUUAAUUGAAGGGAGAGAUGAGAUUGUAUGGUGGGAUUCACUUAUUUUUUUCCUCUCAGACCCGCAGGACAGGUGUUUAGAAGAUGACUAGGUGGCUUUCAGUCAGCUGGGGCUCUCAUCACUUCUGGUUCCUGGGAAUAAAAGCUGUGAAAUUAGAUUUUUGCAAACAACCUAUGAACGUAAUUCUUAGUUAAAAACAACAAACAAACAAAACCCAACCAGAGGACAAAGCCAGCAAAUGUUUGUUUUGGUCUUCAGUGACUUUUGUCACUUGAGGAGCAAGCCUUUAAGCCAGAGAAUGCCUGUGCCUACACAGAUACUGUGCUGUUGCCUAAAUGAGGAUUGUUUAGCCAAGAAGCCUUUAGGUUAGAACAGCUGGAACUCAGUUGUCACGGCAGAGCACACCUGGACUGGGCCCUGGGCUUGGGCUGGUUGAAGAUCAACUUUCCCCAUGUGCGUAUCUCAGCAAAGUGAGCCUUGAAGUUGCCUUCAAAGUCACCUCUUGGGAAUGUACUUUCUUUAAAAACAGGUCCUUGCCAUCUUUUGCCCUCUCUGCAUGCCAGUGGAUUUAUGCACUUCCCAUUAACAUUGUCCAGUACACUGUCUCUUAAUUUUUCUUGGCUGAGAAAAAUUUUCUGCAUGGAAAGCAUAGCCUUUUCCAGUUCUUUAGAAAAGAUUUGUUAAAAAAUAACUUGGUAUUUGCUCACCUAAUAGCUUCAUCUCCUCUUGCAUCUUUGUCUUCUCAUCCUAGAGUCAGAGACUGUGCUGAGCUGGAAGGGACCCGUGAGGAUCAUUGAAUCCAGCUCUUGGCCCUGCACAGGACAGCUCCAAGAGUCACCCCAUGUGCCUGAGAGCCUUGUCCAAAUGCUUCUUGAACUCUGUCAGGCUGGUGCUGUGACCACUUCCCUGGGGAGUCUGUUCCAGUGACUGACCACCCUCUGAGGGAAGAAUCUUUUCCUAAUGCCCAGCCCAAACCUUCCCUGGCAGAGCUUCCAGCUGUUUCCUUGGGUCCUGUUACUGGUCAACAGAGUGAGGGGACCAGUGCCCUGUCCCUCCUCUUUCCACCACAGAGAAAUUGUAACUGCACUGAGGUCUCCCCUCAAUCUCAUCCAGGCUAGACAAAGUUACCUCAGCCACUCCUCAUGGCUUCCCUUGGGACCUUUCAUCAUCCUCAUGGCCCUCCUUUGGACACUCUCUAAUGGCUUAAUGUCAUGCUCUGCUUUCCCAAAUGCAAUGUGCAGACAGUACCUCUCAGCUCUGGGAGUGUAGUGACUAGUUUACUUACUAUAGGGGAGCUUGCAGUCUUCUCUUUUGGGGCCUCUUUUAGCAGUAAAUAGGCUAUUUUCUGGUGGAUAUUAGUGCUCUCCAGUGGGAAGGCACUCAACAGUGUAACAUUCAAACACUUUUUUUUUCUAUUUUUUUCUUCUGUUGACAUGGUAGAGAAUCUGCUCUUGAUAACAGAACAGAAUGGUAAAAGAAAUACCAGAAUUAGAUAGCGCUAUCAGUCUUUACAGGCUUAGAAAUUGGUGAGCUUUGAAGAUACAUAAUUCUAUGAAGCAUUUAUGGAAGACAAGCUUUGAAAAUAUCCAGAAUUGAUAGACUGUAUUCCAGAGCCACUCAAUGAAACUGUGUAUAAAUGAUAAAAGAUUUAUGCAAGCAUUGUAGCAUUAAUUGUGUAGAUUUUGCCUCCAUACUGAUGUUCUGGUUUGUGUCUCAUGCACAAAACCCACAUAGUAUGUGUGUCAUGUUUUCUGUGUGAUGGAUCAUAUUUGCCUGAUUUCAGGUUGCAUCUUCUGACUUUGCCCAGUAGCUCGUGUUCCCAAAAUUCAGUAUAGUGAUGCCCCUACUUUUGAAAUUUUCAGGUUAAAAGAUUAUUUUUUCUUUUAAAUACACCUGUAUGAAAUAAAGUUUUGUGACAUCUGGCCUACUGCAAAGACUAAUUUUUCCCUUAUGUGUCUUGGCAUGGCUCUUUUCUUGAUGCUAAAUAUGCCCCGUCUUUUGGGUGGUUUUGUAUGAUCUUUCAGGCCUAGAAAAAGCAGGGGUUUAGCAAAAGGAAAAACCAGUUUCCCAAUGGAGCACUUGGCACUUAGCUCUGAUUUGGUACCUGUGUCUAGCACAGUUGUGGUUGGGCUCCUCUCAGUGCUGGACAUGCAAAUUCAGUGUGAUGCUGCUUAAAAGAUGUGAGGGAGGGAUAGGAAGAGGGGUACCCAGCCAACAGUGCAGUGUUCUGAUCCCUUUCCUGGCACAUGUAGCACGUGCAGAAUUCACUUUGCAUAAUAGGAUGUUUUCAUCAAGGAGGAUCUAAUUAUGCUACUUCUGGUCUUGUAACUGAUUAACCCUGCACUUGGGCCAGUCUUGGGCUGAUGGGACUUUAUUUCAGCAUGAUUUUCCCAUGGAAGUAUGAAAACUCAAGAAUAGGCCCCGUGUACAUGUUCCUGAUGGCUAGUGAGGAGGACGUUUGCAUUCCUGCCCUCAUGGAAUCUGCAGGAGCCAUGGGUUAAGCUCUGCAUCAUUUGGCUUUUUAUUACUGCUUUCCCACUUCUUCCAUCAGUUUGUCCCAGCUGGAAGCUGCUUCUGUUACGCCAGAUCUCUGAAUGUUCUCAUUGCAAAUGCAUUUUUUUAAAAAGUGUCAUUGAGAGUUUUUUGGGUUUUUUUUCUGUGAAUGGGGUGCAGGGAAGGGUAAGGAGCAGGAUUGCAUUGUUUGUUAAGGAAUGCACUUCUUUGCAAUAGAGAAGAAAUUCUUGUCCUGCUGAGGAGCCCUGUGUGGAGGCUGUCUGGAACAGUGCUGUCUGAGGCAGUUGUUUCUAACCCUGCCAGGUAGUGAGAUACUGGACCUUAGAACUGACAUUCUAAUCUAUAAGAAAUGUUUGAAUGCUUUGGUGAAGAUUGAUUGCUAACCUUUCUCUGACUCUAUCCCUGAAUGUUCAUGUGAUAGCUAAGCUGAUUUCUUAGGCAAAGAGAAACAAAAUAGUAAAUUGGUGAAAAAUAGAUAUACAUCCAUUUUUUUGGCCUUCCCCCACCCAAGGAUAAACAAUAGGCUUGCUGGCACAUUUGAAAGUAUUUAGGAAUAUUUACAGGUUCUCUCUGGUCAUUACUGUUAAGCCAUGUCCAUGCACAUACAGACUUGGGUACAAACAUGUCCCCUUGAUUCUCUCUGUAUUAGUUGCUAUUCCGUGAUCACCUUCCAGAAGUUCUAAAUGGCUCUGUGUUGUGCUCUCAGGAACAACAGCAGGUCAUUUGUCAAACAGCAGGAAGCAUGAGGAGUAUUUGCUUUUCAGUCCUGUAAAUGUCAUGACCUAUGUUUUUAUCAGUAGGGGGCUUUCUUGCUGCACCAAUUCUUGCCUGUCAUCGUGUGCUCGUGCAUCUUCCGUCCAACAGCUCUCUCUCCUUUUGGGUGAGCUUUGAAAAGUCUUUGUGCUUUGGGAUAACCCCAAUGUGUAUUGAUGCACAGGAAGGAAGUAUACUCAGUGUACCCUAAAUCUCAUGAGCAUGUUUUUUCAGACCUAGCUGAUGAUGGGAACCAAGUGAUCCUUCUGUGCAGUGGGUUCAAAUGAAGUCUGGCUUUUGAUUACAUCCUUGUUUUUUAGAUAAAGGCUGUUGCACAUAAUUUAAUUACACAUACCUGGUCUUUCCCUGCACUGUGUUGCCUGCCUGCCAACCAGUACAAUUACAGCUUUUCUCCUACACUAGCCCCAAAUGUGUCAAUCAUUUCAAUCCCUGGAAAGAGGCAGACUUACUGAGUUAUCUGAGGCCUUUUAGAACAUGGAAAAGUCCCUUGUGAGGAUGUGUUGAACUUAGAGAGGCUUGCCAUCCAAAAACUGUUCUGUGUGUUUUGUUGGGAUAUUCAAGUUAAAAGUUUUGAGAGUAUGCUGACUGAAAAUGUUGGUAGGAUUUUUUUUUUAUAGUUAAUAUAUUGUUUGCCAGCUUGUCCUCAGUAAUCAGAAAUGUAAAUUACCCUUUGAGCCACUUCUGAUUGCAUUGUUGGGCUGGCAAAAGCCCCGUUGGGCACUCUUGCACCAGCAAAAGAAAGAGUGGUUUUCUUGGUACAGCUCUGGGGAAUAAACAGAAGCUGCACCACUAAGUUCAUCCUCCAAAACCAACAUGAGACCUGCAUUGCCUCUUCCCAGCAAACUGAUGUGUAGGUGUUUCAAUGAAGUAUUUAGUGCCACAGACAUGCAGUGGAGGGGCCUACUGAUGUUUCCUUGAAAUUCUCAUUGGCAUUAAAUGUGUUUCAGCGAUGCUGAUGCUGUUUUUGUAACCACCUAGUAUAAUUUUCUGCUUUAGAAAGGGAAGAUCAAGGACCAUUUUGUGUCACAAACUCUCCUGGCUCUUACUCCUGCCUUCCUGGUGUCUCUUCUGUUUCUAGACUGAACACAAGCAACCCGGGUAUUGCUAGUGUUGCUUUCUUGCUAUAAAAGAACUUACCUUUUCAUGCUGAUUAAUGAUAAAAAAAGCAAAACUGAAACGUAGAUAUACUUCCCCUUCCCUCUGACAGAUGUGUGAUUUACUGCCAGAGAUGAUGCUAUUUUCUUUGCUAUAUUGCUGCUGCUGCUGCUGCUGCUGUUUUAAGUGGUUUGGUGUGUGAGCUUUCUGAAACAACAUGGUGUGUGUAGGAUCUUGUGGGGGACAAAGAUGUCUCUUUUCUUCUUCCUUUCUCUCCUUGGUUUGUGCUUGUCUGUCUGCUGUGGUAGGUUUAUUGAUAAAUUAAAUAUGUCCUUAUUAGACAUAAUUUUGAGGAGGUUUGCAUGUCCGUAGUUUGUAAGCAACUAAGGUGCCUCAUGUUCAGGUCUGAGCAGAUAGGAAUCCCCUUGCACUCAAGAGGGCCUGAUCCAAAGCCUGCUGAAGUUGGUAGGAAGAGUCUUGCCAACUUCAGGGGGCUUUGCAUCAGGCCUUACACUCCUUUGUUGUGCCUCACUUAAAAUGGUGCUUUUUUAGUUGUCUGUCUUUUUUUCUGUUUUGUUUUUUUUUUUUUCUUUGUAUGGUGCUGUGUAUAACUUGAAUAUAUUAUGCACAUAUCCUACCCAAUGGGUAGAACAAACAAACAUACAAAAAACAAAUAGAUGUUGUUAAUACUGUAAGAUAGUGUACAGAUGAUACCAAUUUUAACACAAGAAAAUGGCAUAGACUUUGUGAAUGCCAAUCUGUGCUUGGUCCUUUUUUUGUAAGAAAGCUUGGAAAUCAAUGCAUACAAAUGACAAAAAGUCUAUGUAUUUUAUUUUCCUAUUAAAUAUCAAUAUAAUAUCAUAAGGGAAAAAGGAAAAACAAAUCCUUUUUGACAAGCCUGUGUAUAGCAAUUAGUUGUUUGAUGCAUCUUUGCUGUGAAGAUUUCUUUUUUUUUUUUUUUUUCAAAUGUGUCACUUUAAAAAAAAAAGGAAAAAACCACAAAACAAACAAAACCUCCACAGCUUUAACCUUGCAACUAGAUGCUUCUCGUAUUGGUUGUUGCCUUGCUAUUGCUGAGUUGGACCAGUAUUAGUUACUACUUCUCCAGCACAUACGUUAUUUAUUACUAUCCUUGACUACCAUGUUUUUUUUCUUUAACUUAGAAAUGGCCUAAAACUUUUCAAACCUUUUUAAUCACAUCCUAGAUUUGAAGUGAAGCUCAGACAAGUGGGAGCUUGACCCACACCAUCCCUGCAAAGUCUAAACUAGGCCAGUGAGAGUUCUGUGAUAACAGCCAGCCUUUGCUCUGUGCCCACGACUGGUGCACCAUGCUGCCAUACAGACUGUCCUUGGGCUUGGGGUGUGGAUGGACUCACUGAUCACCUGUGCUCUUGCAGGGUGGACAAGAAUGGCCACGGUUGGUAGUGAGCUGAAUGCAGGGUUUGAGUGGGAGCUUUGAGUUGGCAGCUCUUCUGCUUUUGUGUUGGCUUCUGAUGGCAAUGGCUUAACCCAGGUUCAUAUUUAAGAUUACAGAGAAAUGCUUAGACCUGUUCAAACCCAGCCCGGGAAGUGGUGUGGGAAGUAAUUUGACACUUCAGCUUCCUGCCAGGCUCCCUUGGCAGUUUGGUUCUCCCCUGACAUCUCCCUGUGUUUGGUGCUCCGUUCCCAUGCCCCUGCACGCUCUUCGGUAAAGCAAAUACCUCAGGAAAACUCAACAUGAAGUUCUAGUGUAGGGACUAGCAGAUGCUGUACUUAUUUUUCUAAACUGUUUGUUCUAACUAUCCCAGGACAGUAGGUGAUAUUAAAGUUUAUUGGUCUGAGACAGAUUUGUCCUCUCACAGAUGGAUACCAACUAAUCUUUCAUAGAUACUCCUGUCUGUAUGUAGCUUUUUUAUACUUGCCAGGCUUUAACCACAGAUGUAAGGUAGCAGGGUGUUGGGAGAUGUUUGAGAUGGCGUUUUGGUUUGGUUUUUCAGAUGAUUAGCAAAACGCUGUGCUAAAACUCAGGGGGCCUUACCCGGGGCCAGUGAAGUCAGUGGUGCGGCUUCCUCUGGUUUGAGUGGGCUUUCAACCCGGUCCGUCACGCUGGGGGAUGGUGCCUUGGGGCACAGUCCUUCACUGCUUCUCUGUCAACUUGAAGCAUCUACACCUUUGUCUGUAAAUAUCUUUUUAAAAGCCCUCACAGGAGUCCUGUAUCUGAAUGUUGAUCAUGGUUGUUUCGGUUUUUUUGUUUGUUUGUUUGUCUCAAAGAAGUGUGUUAAGUUUUUUAUGGCCAGUUCUGCAUCAUCAUGCCCUUACAGGUAGCUUGUAUCAUCACAUCCUUCUAUAUGUUGAGCUGUUCUGUCAGUAAGCAUGUACCAUAGGUAAAUAUGCAUAUUUCAUGAUUGUCACUUGGUAACUCAUUUAUUGUUUGUCAGGGUGUGGAGUAAUUGUUUUGGAAGUGUGCCUUGCCUGGCCACCUUCACGUUUCUGUUUGCACUGCAGUACCACUUCUGUGCAUGAAGGAAGAAAAGCAAACAAAAAACCCCAGGCCUUCCCUAGAAAGACUGUACAGAGUAAACCUCCUGCUGGAGGAAUCUAGAGUAGGAUUUAUCAUAACAAAACGUGCAUAUUGAGUGGACCAAACACGAGCAUGUCUCCUUUUAGAGGCACUAAUUUGCUUUGAAGCUGCAGUGGAAAGAGCAGACUAUCUGUUAAGUGUAUUCACAGCUGUGUUCACGCUUUUUCAUUUACCACAAAGCACAGCAGGCAGCCAAGAUUUUAAAAGGACUGUGAGCAGAAGUUACAAGAGCCUCAGGCAUCAUAGACCUGGACAGCAAAAUUAAUAAUAAUAAUGAUGAUAAUAAUGAUAAUUUUUUUAAAAAUCACUUUAAUAUUCUUUAAAAAAGCUUUUCUACUCAGAAUAUAAUGACUACAUAAGCGUCAAUAGGGGUUUUAUCUUUGUAUAACUCUCAACUGCCCAAUGCUGCUGUGCUCAGAGCAUUUCAUGAUGGUAUGUACAUUAGUCAGGCUGUUACACUCAAAAUUAACCAUCAAAUGCCUGUUUUUAGAGUGUUACCCUUUCUUUGUUGUUUCUCAAUAGUUAAUUUACAGUGUAAAAUGCUUUAUUGCUGUAUGGAUUUUAAUUUUUUUUUGUAUUUCCAACAUUGUGGCUUUCAAGAUCACUUUUUCAACACAUCUGUUAUUUUUGUCCUUUUUCUUUCAAGCUAUUCUGAAAUAUGUACAGCACUAUCAACAAUAUUUAAUCUUUCUUUUAAAAUUUAUUGUUGUAAAACAAAGCUAUUAAAAACAGUAAGUCUUUUUACAACUGUAUUGGAAUUUCUCAAUAGCUGUUCAUGUGAUGCUAUGACAAACCUGGCUUGCUUUAUUUUUUAUUUUUUUUUAUUUUCUGUUUAACACAAUUAAUUUGUUGCUUAUUUUCCACCGUAACUCCCAGUUAUAUACAGAAAAAUAUUUCAACUGUUGUGUAUCUGACUCUUUUAAUUGAGCAAAUGGUGAUGUCCUAGUUUUUAGACCUAAGGUCUGUUUAUUGCAAUACUUUUAAAGGAAGAUGUUGCUCUAAGUGCUGUUGUUAGUUUUAAAUACAGAUUUUAUGCUUGUUCUUAAUAUGCUGUGGUUAAACCAUGGCACAAAAUUAUUAAAAAUUAUUAAAUGCA